UCUAUAUCCGAUGCACAAAUACACGUAUCUAAGCAAUCCUACAACUUGGUUAUCUGAGGUUUGCGCGCAACUAUAACUUGUUCACCACGACAAUCUCACGUCUGAUAGAGUAAUGCCUGCGCCUUGGCAUGACGUCGCCGGAUGGAAUGACGCGACGCUCAGCGGCCGAGCAUAGAUAGGCAGAUUACGACUCACCGACUUUACGACUUACUGUAGUGACAGACCAUUAAACGCGAUCGAGACUUCAUACCAACAGCCUCAAGCUCAACAAUGGCGACAGCAACCCUCGUCGGCUCCACAGGCCUCGUCGGCUCGAACAUCCUCACCAGCCUCCUUGCGCACCCCACCUUCUCCGCCGUCUACGCCUACUCCCGCCGCGAUCUGCCCAACGCGUCUGGGUCCACAAAGCUCAAGCCCCUAACAUCCACCGACACCGCCUCAUGGCCGUCCCUCUUCCCCCCGUCCGCAAAGAUAUUCUUCUCCGGCCUCGGCACCACACGCGCAGCAGCCGGUAGCGUCGACGCGCAACGCGCCAUCGACUACGACCUCAACCUCUCUCUGGCCAAGGCAGCAAAAGCCGCGGGCGUAGAAACCUACGUGCUGAUCUCGUCUAGCAGCGCAAACAGCGCCAGCAGCAUGGCAUACCUCAAGAUGAAAGGCCAGCUUGAGGACGGCGUCAAGGCGCUGAAUUUCAAGCAUACGGUUAUCUUGAAGCCAGGGGUGAUUCAGGGCACACGCACGGAGUCGAGACCCGCUGAAGCUGUGGUUAGGGGAAUCGCAGGUGCGCUGAGGAAGUUAAGCCCCAUGUUGACGGACUUCUGGGUACAAGAUGCGGCGGCGAUUGCUAGAGCAGCGGUACAUGCGGGCGUGCAAUGCGUGGAGGACAAGAGAGAGCCGGGUGUUUGGGAAUUGGGGCAGUCGGAUAUCGUGGCUUUGGGGAAGCAGUAGGAUUGGAAACUACAUGGUGGGUAGCACAUGAGGUGCAUGCAGUGAGGUAAUCGUGAGUAAAGGACGUGUCAUCUCGAGAUACAUUUGGGUUCCCCGUGACUAUGUGGCACAUGCAACGAACCCACUAUCGACCGCGUCUGCUGAAGAGCCGCGUCGCUCUGAAUAUUUUGUCCUACCCGGCCUCGUCAUUCCACAUACGACCAUAGGACGUUGAAAACA